AUGGAGAAAGAAAGGACUUUAGAACGAGAAGAUGGCUCAAAACCCUCAAAAUCAUCCGGCGACAUCGAUCCCCACAUGGACUACAUGCUUUACUUCAAGGGCUUGACAAGGGAGGAAGCAACAGGCGUAUUGGCAGGAUUUGGGGUUGCGAUUUGCGACCAACGUGACAGUCUCCUGUUUCAGAUGAAAGGACCACUUCAUGCCUCCGCCAUUACUGUUUUAGAUGCUGAGCUUACGGCACUGAAGCGAGGACUAACCGAAGCCGUGCGUUUGGGAAUCAAACAUAUCUUCAUCAUCUGUGAUAAUAAGCCGGUUUUCGAAUUGGUCAUGGGGAGAUCCACGCCUGAGAAAGUUAGUAUUAGUUUGCUAAUGAGUGAUGUGCAACGCAUCAGACAACAACUGAGAUCUAGCGUCGUUGUUCUGAUGACGACUGAAGAUAAUCAAACAAAGUUGGCUUAUAAACUUGCAACGGAAACAUUAGUUUCUGAGAUCAGCAUACGCAUCCCUCCUGCUCAGAAUUUGUUUCGGUGA